AUGGAGGUAAUACAGUUGGUUGCUCGAUGGGCUCAAGAUCAGAAUGGUAGGAAAGAGGAUCUCGGAGAAGAGACUCCUGACGACAAGGACUCACGGAAGGAGAAGACAGAAAAGGAUCGCAUACUCCUGACAAAAGCCCAAGCAUACGCAGUGAUACAAUUGCUGGAGCGACCUUAUUGGUCACGCUUAUGGAUUGUGCAAGAGAUAUCUCUUAGUAGAAAGAUCGAUGUUUGGUGUGGCAGCAUGCGCGUCGACUUUGACGCAAUGGCGACUUUUCUUAAAUCAAAUCCUCUCUACUUGCCAGCUGGCAAGAACCCAGAUGUGGCUGUCCGUCUUCUCGAGCACGUUAAUGAAGCUGCCGAAGCCAUGUUCCACAAUCAUCAAAUUAAUGGUGACAGAUCAGGCACUUAUAGUGUGGUGACAUCUGUGGCCUUCUUCGCAGAUAACCAAUGUCAUGAUCCGCGUGACAAGAUUUACGGGCUGCUGGGCAUCAUUGGAGGCGAGCACAAGAUCACCAUAGACUAUUCUAAAUCAAAUCUUGAGGUGUUUGUGGACGUGGUGAAUUGGUGGUUGAUGGAUAAGUUGGAAGAACCGGAUGAUAAUCGGGAUGACGAAGGCAACCUCAGCAGCAUACUGGAUGCUGGUCAAAGCAUGGGCGUGAUUCGGCGCGGCAAACAAAGAGAGCGGAUUACUCGAUGGGUUGAAGAGCAUCCUGAUCAACCAUUGUCUGUUGGUGACAUGAAGGAGCUAAUCUAG